UGGAUCGACCCAAAUCAAUUAUAGUAUGCCGUCGGCCUCUAAUUGCCAGUUUCAUUUCAUCAACAAGCAUUUCCAUUCUAAAACAUGGCCUCUCUAGCUCGUCUUCCUUCUAUUCUCUUCCUUGUCUUCCUCUACACCUCCAUCAAUGGUGACUCUAGUGAUCAAUCACCAAUCACAGCAUGCCCUUCCUUUGACUGCGGUGGUAAUGGCAUCACAAUUAGCUACCCCUUUUGGCACCAAAGUCAACAGUUUGAGCAUUGUGGAUACCCAGGCUUCAAUAUCUCUUGCAGUGACCAAAAUCCAAUGAUCUAUCUCUCCAAUGAUCUUUAUCCUAUUACAAACAUCAACCACUCCAGUAAAUCUCUUACCCUUCACCAUACCAAAAUAAGACGAGCAGAUUGUCCAAAAGUACCCCAUGAUACUAUCACAGUAAAUAGCACUCCUUCACUGUUCAAUUAUACGCUAGGCAAUAAAAUGCUGCAUUUCUUUUAUAAUUGCACACUGUAUCCACCUUCACUUCCACAUAUAGCAUGUUUACAGUAUGGUAUUAAGCAGUCAUAUGUGUUCUUGGAGGGAGCAACACCAGAAUUUGAUUGGCAUAGAUAUUGCGAGUCAGUUGUGAGUGCCCUGGUGAGUGACGAGGCAGUUUAUAGAGACUUGGUUCAGGGUUUUGGUCGGGCAUUGCAAGGUGGUUUCAAGUUGACUUGGAAGCAACUUGAUGGAGCAUGUCAAUCUUGUGAGGCUAGUGGUGGAUUAUGUGGUUAUAACAAUGGUCUACACGAGAAUUUCUUUUGCAUUUGUACCAACAGGAGGCAUUCAACGAACUGUUAUGACCAGGGUGCACUAACUACAGUUAGACCAGAACCUAAUUACAUAUACGUUGCCAUAGGUGCAUUGAUUUUUGGUGGUUCUGUUAUUGCAGCAACUGUGUUUUACUUCACUCAGAAGAAGAAAGUUGGUUCAUACAAACCAGUUUGAGUACAAUACACAGUAGUUGGCAGACAGGUUCCUCUAGAUGUGUGUCAGUGCUUGGGCAUGAUGUGCCUUGCAAUGAGUGGGAUACCCUAUCUGCCUUUCCCAUUUCAUGUACAAAAGAAGAAGAAGAAGAAGAAGAAGAUAACGGUACUUGCAAGUAGUUAACAGUUGCAUGUAGUGGGAAACAAGGCAUUCUAUUUUCACUGAUUGGCUUCAAAUUCCAUUUAUGUACUUGAUUUCACCAAAAUCCUUUCAUGCCUAAAGGAUAUCACUAGUAAGAGCUGCUUUAACUUGCUAUAAAUCUGUAUCAGUAGAAAUGUAAGCCAAAGAAACACUAUAUCAUAUGUUAUUACUAUUAGUUUGUGAUUUAUGAGCUAA